AAGAAGAAAAGCAUGAAGAGCAAGGAUUUUUUGAUGAACCUGAAAUCGAGGAAACAAAUCUUCAGUGCCCUCGUACCCAAGCUCAUUGUGAAAGUAGACUUAUUAAAUCAGAAGAAAUAGUAACUCAACAAACCACACUAUUAGAUAAUAUAAAAUUGCAACUUGUUCAAGAAUUGCCUAUUCACGAAGAAGGAUUUCUAGAUUUAGAUGUAGAAACCGCAAAGAAUAUGUUUAAAGUAGAUGGAGCCAAAUAUACUUUCUCAACCUGGUUUACAGAAGCUAAAGAGAUAGAUUUGGCCA